CCUCAUCGAUAAUAAUUGCAAAAGCACUGCCCUUCGUGCGCUGCACGCUCAGGACAUCGUUGCUGAGGCUGCCCAUUCGAAGACAGCGUCGCCCAUCGUUGCUGAGGCUGCCCGACCGGUGCAAUAACCACCACGGCUAUCCGCCGGCGCAGCGCGCGCCUCAUGGCCCGCGAGGCAAGCUACAAGCAAGUGCCCCAGCAGGAGGAUGCAUCCGAAAAAAAGCCCCACGGCCUGAGCCCCGCCAGAGCUGCGGCGGCGACGGUCCUCUACUGCCUCGCCGGCCCGUCGCUCAUCUUCCUGAACAAACACAUACUCGUGGAAGUAGAAUUUCCCUAUGGUUCCGCGUUAUCUUUAUUGGGUGUGACGAUGUCCACCUUGCUCUCGAUAAUUGCAUUGAUGCUGGGCUGGUUCCCCUGCGACCAGACUCGGUCGUUGACGCCGCAGACGUACUGCACGCGCGUGCUGCCGAUUGGCAUCGCGCUCGGGCUGUGUCUGACUACUGGUAAUGUGGCCUACCUCUAUAACAGUGUAGCAUUCAUCCAAAUACUAAAAGCCUUUGCGCCGGUCGUGUUGUUAUUGGUAUUAUUUGCGGCUAGAUUGGAAAAGCCGUCAGCCACGCUCAUAGCCUCGAUCAUGAUUAUUUCGGGAGGGACCGCAGUAGCUGUGAGGGGGGAAGUGGAGCUUUCCUUGAUCGGCGUCGCCUACAUGCUCGCGUCCGAAUUUUUCGAGGCCGUCAAGCUCGUCAUGACGCAAAUACUGUUGGUAGAUCGGAAAUUUGGUUCCGUGGAAGGACUAGCAGUUGUAGGACCGGCAGCAAUGGCGGCGUUGUGCGUCUGCACGAUUCUGGGAGAGGACUGGCGGGACGCGAUGGAGAAGGUCGGGGAACGGCCGCUGCUGUUCCUGGCAGCUUCAUUAGGUGGUGUGGUCGUAAACUUGGCCACAAACAUGAUGGUCGCGGCGACGUCGGCGCUGACUUUGAGGGUUACGUCGCUACUGCGGAACAUCGGCAUCGUCUUCGUCUCUACCGCUAUUCUGAGAGAUUCGACCCUCACAUUGCUGGAAGGCGUCGGUUUUUGUAUUGCGUUGACAGGAUUCGUUUUGUAUCAGCACGCGCGGCGGAACCCGACGCACUCCUUCGCCGACAUCUGGAGAGAUCUCACGACGUUCUGCGGGGGACGGUAACCUUACGCAACAUA